ACUCCAACUACCACUAUUAAAAGCUUGACUAUACUAUACAUCAUGGAAAAAUUAAGUGAUGAAAACACUCUUGUACCAAAAUAUUUGCAAGAAUAUGACAUAAGCGAAGAAUGUAAGGAGCUGUUAACCACAUUGCCAUCAGAAAAAGGUUGGAUUACAAAGCACUUAUAUCAAUAUCAAGGAUUUUGGUUUGCUCCAAAGGGUCUCCAAGGUGCUUUAUCUUGUCAAAAGCACUUUCAAGCCCUUGAUACUGAUAUUCUCUUAGUCACUUCUCCUAAAUCGGGUACCACUUGGCUUAAAGCAUUGUCUUUUGCUCUGAUAAACCGCAACAAAUAUCCAAAUAUUCAUAGCAAUAGCAAUCAUCCUUUGCUCACAACAAAUCCACAUAAUCUUGUUCCAUUUUGGGAGACUGGUCUUUACUACAACAAAGAUUUUGUCCCUGAUCUCAAAACAAUAUCUCCUCCAAGAAUAUUCUCUACUCAUCUAUCUUAUGAAUCAUUACCAAAAUCUGUGAAAGACUCAACUUGCAAAGUGGUGUAUCUAUGUAGAGAUCCCAAAGAUGUUUUUGUUUCAUUUUGGCAUUUCAUUAACAAGCUUAAAACAAAAAGUAGUGAAACACUUUCAUUAGAAGAGGCUUUUGAGAGCUUUUGUAGAGGAGUGUGUCCUUUUGGACCUUUUUGGGAGCAUGUAUUAGGAUAUUGGAAGAAAAGUUUGGAAAGUUCAAAGAAGGUAAUGUUCUUGAAAUAUGAAGAGAUGAAAAUGAAGCCAUAUUUUUAUUUGAAGGAAAUUGCUAAGUUUUUGGAGUGUCCAUUUUCUCAAGAAGAAGAAUCCAAAGGUGUGGUUGAUGAUAUUUUAAAUUUGUGUAGUUUUGAUAAGUUGAGUAACUUGGAAGUUAACAAGACUGAAAAAGUGUCUUUUGAUGUUGAAAACAAAUAUUUUUUUCGUCUAGGUCAAAUUGGAGAUUGGAAGAAUCAUCUUACAACCGAAAUGAUUGAGCAUAUAAACUCCAUCACAGAAAAAAAGUUGGUUAAACAUGAAUUGAGUUUUUAGAAUUUAAGAAAUUAUGCAUAAUUUUCCUCCGGCAGACAUAUGAGGAUAAUUUUAUGCAUAAUAACAUUAACUUCUUGUCAUAUUGCUUUAGACGUGAAAGAAUAAAUUUCUUUCAUUUUUUUUAUAGAUGGUAUGUUUGUUUUGUUGAUGCUACUUGGUUUUUCUUCAUGUGUUGUAUUACUUUGUUUUGAUAAUAGUUUUUCUUUAUGAUUUCGUAAUUGUGUGUUAAUUUAGGGAAUGAUUUGUGUAAGAGAUCUAGUGCUAGAUUGUUCUCCAUUAAUAAAAUUUUGCUUAUAAAAUCAA